GCGAGGGAGCCUCCCGCGGGCUUUGUGCGCGCCUGGAAUCCAGCUGUCGCCGCCCCGCAGAGCCCCCUGCCCCGGGAGGGCGCACAUUUCCGGGCCGCCCACCAUCCGGAUCGCGUCGGGAGCCGCUGCGCCCGCAGAGCCCAGAGCUGCUCCUCCCCGCUCCGUGGCCGUCCUGCCCCAGUAGCCCCCCGAAAUGCCGGUCGAUUUCACCGGGUACUGGAAGAUGUUGGCCAACGAGAAUUUCGAGGAGUACCUGCGUGCGCUCGAUGUCAAUGUGGCCUUGCGCAAAAUUGCCAACUUGCUGAAGCCAGACAAAGAGAUCGUGCAGGAUGGCGACCAUAUGAUCAUUCGCACGCUGAGCACUUUCAGGAACUAUAUCAUGGACUUCCAGGUUGGGAAGGAGUUUGAGGAGGAUCUGACGGGCAUAGAUGACCGCAAGUGCCUGCCCAGUGAGGAAGAGAUUCGUGACCCCAUAAUAUACAGUGACCAAGGCUCCGAGGGGGGAAGAGACCUGCAAGAGACCACGGUGAGCUGGGACGGGGACAAGCUCGAGUGUGUGCAGAAGGGUGAAAAGGAGGGACGUGGCUGGACCCAGUGGAUUGAGGGUGACGAGCUGCACCUGGAGAUGAGAGUGCAGGGUGUGGUCUGCAAGCAAGUAUUCAAGAAGGUGCACUGAAACUUCGGCAGACCUGGAUCUUGAGGAGUGAGCGGCAUGGACCCGUAGGCCAGGAUGCCCUUCUUUGCGCAGCAUGGGGCUGAAAUGUCCAGCCGCCCCUGGGCAUCUGUUAGCAGAGGCUCUCUCUUGGCUUUGUCUCUUUUCUUUUCCUUAAAACAAAGCCAUCCCAAUAAAAGUGAUUUCUCUUCAA